GAGCGGGAGCGGAGCGGGAAAAAUGACAUCUUUGUCGUGUUGUGCUGUUCAAUUCAAUCAAUGUUUAUUUAGUUUUUAUCACAAUGAAGACCCUAUUUACUCACCAAUAAUGCAUUUUUGGAUGCAAAACUAUGUUUCAAUCCUAUGUUAAGUUUAGCUUACAGUAAUUGAGAUUAAAUAUAAACGUUUCAAUCAUGGGUAUUACUGGGUUGAUCCCUUUUUUAGAAAAAGCCUCAAAGAAGGCUAAUAUUGGUGAAUUUAGUGGUUGUACUGUCGCAAUAGAUUCUUACUGUUGGCUGCAUAAAGGGGCAUUCGCUUGUGCGGAUAAGUUAGUCCGAGGAGAAGAUACUGACAUACACAUAAGAUACUGUUUAAAAUAUGUGACAAUGCUCUUGUCCAAGAAUGUUAAGCCCAUUCUUGUGUUUGAUGGACGGCAUCUCCCUGCAAAGGCUAUGACUGAAUCUAAGAGAAGAGAGUCUAGGGCAACAUCAAAGAAGAGGGCAGCUGAAUUAUUAAGUUUAGGAAAGAUAGAAGAAGCUAGAUCAUACAUGCGGCGCAGCGUUGACAUCACACACGCGAUGGCUCUAAAACUCAUCAAGGAGUGUAGGAAGAGAAAUGUAGACUGUAUCGUGGCUCCUUACGAAGCCGAUGCCCAAUUGGCAUAUUUGAACAUCAAGAAUAUAGCACAUUUGGUCAUCACUGAAGAUUCAGAUUUGAUUUUGUUUGGGUGCACUAAGGUUCUGUUCAAAAUGGACCUGGCGGGCGCGGGCACGCUGGUGGAGGCGACGCAGCUGGCGCGCGCGGUGUGGCGCGGGGCGGGCGCGGGGGCUGGGGCGGGGGCGGGGGCGCGGGAGGGGGCGCUGUGCGCGCUGCGGCGAGCGUGCGUGCUGGCGGGCUGCGACUACCUGCCCUCGCUGCCCGGCAUCGGGCUAGCGAAGGCCCGCCAGUUCGUCACCGCCACUCGGGACCCCAAUUUCGCAAAUGCUCUGAAAAAGUUGCCGAGUUUCUUCAACAAGUCGUCGCUGAUAGUGACAGAUGAAUAUAGAGAGAGCUUCCUGAAGGCGGAGGCGACAUUCAAACAUCAGUACGUGUACGACCCUCUGCGCAGGCGCAUGCUGCGCUUGACCGAGCCUGAGGAUGAAGAAAUAGAGCAAGCAUUAUGUGUGAAUGCUGGUGAGCUGUUGGACCCCGACAUUGCCUUCCAACUGGCCCUGGGGAAUUUGGACCCAUUCACUUUGAAGAAAAUGGAUGACUGGCACCCCGACCACCAUUAUUCUAAUGGACAAGUUAAAACGGACAGUUGGAAAGAGAAAGGUGUCGCGAAUCAUCCCAGCAUAUGGGGCGGGAGUUUCGAACAAUAUCUACAAGAGACGACUCCCUGGGCGAAGAAGGUGAAGAAACUGGAACCCAUUAUCGCAGCACCGCACACGCGGCCGCUGAAGAAGAUUGUGAAUCUUGUUGCCAGACACGUUCCCGAGACGCAGGACGAGAGCAUAACAAUAGAAUCUCUAAGCAACAUGUACUGUUCUGAACCAUUGGCCAAAAAACGGAAAUUUGAUAUUAAAAAUGACAGUGAAACUUUCACACAAUACGACACUCAAGGAAGCCACAACAUAGCACUAUGCGAUGAUGAAAUUGUGUCCCAUUUGACCACGGAUAAAGAAAAAUCCCCGAUACUAGAAAACAAGGAACGAUCAUUUAAAAAAUGCUUAAGAAAAAACGGUGACAACAUUUUAAAAAGACUGAGUAAAUUCCCUCGAACUACUUUAGACGAUAACAUUGUAGAAAGUAAAUUCUUUAGUUCAGUACAAUGUCAUUCCGAACUUAAUGUAUCAAUUACGUCUAACCAAUCAACAUCCGAGCUGAACAUAUCAAAAGAAAGUAUAGUUAUAGAAGAAUCUCCAGAAAAAAUCAGUCGGAAUCCGUUUAAAGUGAAAACUGUGGGCUCUAUUAAUAAAGAAAUAGAGUUGAACAUCGAAACAGAAUUGCAGACGAGUAGUUCACAGAAGGAAAAUUCGCCUCAGAAUAGUCCAAGGAAGUGUAUUAGUCCAAUAUUGGAGACUCCAUGCAAUAGAAUGAUAAAAGAGGAUCCAGUAUUUGAUCUAUGUACGGAAGAUUCUGUGAUAGAAAAUACUUAUCCGUAUGAGACUUUGAUCACUCCUGUGGAUUCACAGUCGUCGUUCGGCUCACCGCCGACGCUGAAGCAAACCUGGAGCGGGAGCCAGUCGCAGUCAGUGCUGAGUCAGUCCAACAAAGGGCGAAACAAAGUAAAACAAACUGCCCUGAAACGAACCACAUCGCUGCCUGGCAACCAGCCCACCUUAUUGAGUAAAUUCGGAUUCCAGAAAAAGCCAGUACUGAGGAGGUGAACUCUGACCAGCCAGUUUGUUAUGCAUUUAAAAUUACAUUUUCUUUGUUACUUUACAUCACUUAGUUUAAUAUAUCGUGUUAAUUUUAAUUAUAAUUUGCGAAAUGUGAUAAUAUGUUUUUGUUAAGUACAAUUAUGAUAAUACCACAGAAAUGUGGGCAAAAUAAAUCAUUGAAUAUAA